AUGCCGCAGACCGAACUCCAUGAGUUUGACUCCCUCGUCCUGAAACCUGUCAAGUUGCACCAUGAAAUUCGUUUCCGAAAAUACGCUGGGAACGGACGGGCAGGUCAUGUUUUCAAGAUCCGCAUGAAUAAGGAAGACUUCGCUUUGAAGAUGUUUAAAUUCGAUAAUCCCGCAUUGAAUGCUACCAAAUUCAAGGGGACAAAACGAAAAGCCUUCUACGACCCUUUCUAUAUCGAAUGCCGCGCAAACGGCUCUCUCAUUGAACGAGGUUUGAACGGCCAAAUCCUCCCGUUCUGUUACGGUUGGACCGAUAUACCUGACGCUAUAGAGCUAGAGGUAGCUUUAAGAUUUGGAAUACAACCGUUUCUAUGGGAUAGACCAGAGAAUGUUGAACACCAGCAGAUACGGGGCAUACUGUACGAGUGGGUUGAUGGCCGGCCGCUCACGCAGAUCAAGUUGACCUCGGACAUUGCAAAGCAAGCUCGCAAAUUAUUGAAAGCUUUGCAUGACGUUGAAAUUUUACACGGCGGUAUCGCGGCUUCUAAUUUCCUCGUUGAAGAAUCACGUCAGAAAGUCCACCUCAUAGACUUGAGCGCUUCCAUUACACUUCCACAUAUCUCAAUCUCGAAGCAGGAACUUCAAGACAGACAGCAGAAGGAGAGACUGGCUCUGGAAGUUGGGUUUUCAUUGCUCUCAGAAAAUCCCAUCAAUCAGGGUGUUUGCGUUGCCGAUUUCUCCGGUUUCGACGUGGAGUCCAAGAAGAACAGCGUCGCUGACGCAUAUUUCAUAAAGCACCUCUGGACUCCACCGAACCCUACUCGCUGGCAGCGUGUGCCACCCUAG